UCGCGUUUCGCGAUAAAAGUUUUUCCCUAAAGUUUCGAUUUUAAUUUUUUUGUAGCGUUUUCUUGCAACAAAUGUCUGAUAUCUAAGGGUUGGAAAGAAAUAAAAAAAUAAAGCGUUCUAAAAUGGCUACCAUGAAUAUAAAUCAGUAUUUACGCGAGAUACAAUCCUCGUGGGAAUCUAGAAGUGGAACAGAAGUUUCGGAACUUCUGUCAUUCAAUCACCCUCAUGUCAUGAGCGCAAAACUUACAGCUGAAGGAUUUGAGAAGUCUGUUGAACGACUUGUAGAAUCCCCCCUCGAUGAGCUUGUUAUUCUGCACCUCAGGUGUUUAAACUGUGUUAAUCAGCAAAAAUACUUAGAAGCGUAUUCAGAACAAAGUGCUCUGGUACAGGCUUUUACAAAGCUGUUCCAAACACAGAAAGAAGACAAUUGGGCACUGUUUAUAAUGUAUGCAAUAAGUUUAGAUUUACGUAUGUUUGCCAUCAAAGCAGACAAAGAGUUGACUAAAAAAGGGGCAGAUAAACCCGGACAGACACUUGAAAAAGCUGCGGAAUGUCUUAUGGGACUUUUUAGAGUGUGUGCUGCAGAUAAUCGUUCUUCUGAUGAAGACACGAAGCGCUGGGGAAUGCUGUAUUUAGUCAACCAAUUGUUUAAAAUCUACUUCAGAAUAAACAAAUUGCAUCUAUGCAAGGCACUUAUCCGAGCAAUUGAUGCAUCUCAGUUCAAGGACCACUUUUCGCUUAGCCAACAAGUCACUUAUCGAUAUUACGUUGGAAGGAAGGCCAUAUUUGAAAGUGAUUUCAAAAGCGCUGAAAAAUUCUUAACCUACGCGUUUGAGCGGUGCCAUAAGGAAUGCCGCAAUAACAAACGAUUAAUUUUAAUCUACCUUAUUCCCGUCAAAAUGCUGUUGGGGCACCUUCCAACACCCCAUUUACUGAGGAAGUAUGACCUCCUUCAGUUCAGUGAAGUAGUUCAGUCUGUGAGAGAGGGAAAUCUCCGGAGACUUAACGAUGCGCUUCUUCAACAUGACGCAUUCUUUAUCCGCUGUGGUGUAUAUCUAAUUCUUGAAAAAUUAAAGGUCACAACCUACAGAAACUUAUUCAAAAAAGUAACGUUGCUGAUGAAAACUCAUCAGAUCCCAAUUGAAGCCUAUUUGGAGGCUUUAAGGUUCAUGGGAGUAGAAGACAUCGACUUGGACGAGACACAAUGCAUCAUCGCGAACCUCAUCUUUGAGAACAAAAUUAAGGGAUAUAUUUCCAAUAGCCAUAACAAGUUGGUAAUCAGCAAGCAGAAUCCUUUUCCACCAUUGGCUGCAAUAAUGUGAGGCUGAUCUCUUGGGAGGUACCCUUCUCCGCCUGUGUACCGAAUCGCCUGUUUUUGGGAAUUCCCAAAACAAAAACAAAAAAAUACAUUUCAUAUUAAGUG